AUGUCCAUGGUGGGAAACUACCCAGUCAAACCAUCACCUAACCUUCAGGAGAUGAUGGCAAACAUGAGCUCUCACCCGGUAAACGAGUUCCUUCCCACAUCGGCCGGUCCUCGACCCCAUGGUCGCGACUCCGAAGAGGAUGAGUUCGAUCUGGCCAGAUUCAGUGCUAUGAGAAAGGAGCAAAAGGACGAGCUAGAGCGAUUGGACCGGCAUCAUCAUCAACAGCAAGCCGUGAUCGAAGGCCAGAUACGUGACCAGCUGGACCGCUUAUUUCAACAUUUCCAGCAGGGGAUGCAAAGUCUCUACGCUGGCCUGACGCAGACAGCCCAUGCUACCGUUGAGGCCCAGGUAAAACUUCGCAUGCAACAGGAGCGACUGCGCGAGGAGCAUACCACGAACAAGAAGGAUGUCGAGAGGCGAUUCCACAACGAGGCAUCGCGUUUGGUAAUGUCUACCUCGACUACGACACGCCAUCCACAACCUGUUCCCAGCGUGUCCACAGGUCCACCACGGGUACCUCCCAGCGUUCCCUCCAACAGUGGUGAUCACCUGAUUUCUCCGGCAACCACGUCUGCGAUGGUGACCCCACCAUUUCGUCACCAAGCAAUGCCGAAACCGAUUCCGAGCGACGCUAUCAGGGAGUUCAUUAUUCAGGAUCCCCCAGGUCGAGACUAUGUUGCUCCAUACCCUACGCCGUUGGAACCAACUCCCAAACAGCGCAAGCCAAUACCUUCCGAGCCUCGUCCCCUAGAGCCGCGCCAGAUCGAGCCCCGCCAGGUUGAACAUGGUCCCAUAGAGCCCCGCUCUGUGCAACCCGUAGUGGCGCGGCAAAGAUACGACGAGCGCAAACCCACCGAAUUGCAGCAGCGUCCUGAUGUGACCUCAAGCCGACCGGCAAACCAUGGCCCUAUUAUCGCAGAUAUGGCACCUGCGCGCCUGGAGACGAAGAGAAAGGCGGUCGAGUCGCCGGCAACGGAGGAAGCUUAUGGACCAUAUUCAAAGCGCCCGCGGACCAGGGACAGGCCGGUCGAGGAGAUACAUGGUACACUGCUGCCCCCAUUGAAGCGGAGUCCACAAAGCGGCGUAACCUCGCCAGUCACCUUGGAUACCCGGGCCGAGCGUACGGUCUCCUUUGACGAGAUCUUUCAGAACGGUAGGGCUCAGUAUAAGCACAAGAUCUUUGAAUGGAAGAUAGGGUCAGGGAACUGGUACAUUGUGAGGUGUGACGAGCAUCAGGUGCAUUUCGGAUUCGGCAAUCCGGUCCACGGCGCCGCCAAGCACGUGCACAGUCCUCAACACGGAAACAUGGAGAAGAGGCAUGACCUCGCCAUGGAGGUGUGCGGUCACCGCGUUUUGGGCUGCAACGCCCAACUGGCCGAGCUGAACAACCGCGAGUUCGAGCGCGCGCUGAGAGAGGACAAAUAUCAUGUCUUCAACAUGAAUUUACUCACCAAGGAGGGGCGUCGACGACUCACGGACGGGCCUGAGAUUCUCUCUAGCGGUGACAGCCCUACCAAGAAGAAAUCGAAGUCGGCAUCGCCUAUGAAAGCGGCAGGAGAGGUAACCUUACCCCAGGAGGGCAAGUUUUACCAGGGACUCUGGGCGCCUACUAAGAAGUGGUACAUGUUGGUCGUGCUGCCUAUCAGACCAGACGGCAGCCUCAGGGAGGUGGGCCUGAGGGAGAAGCUCCAGGAGACACAAUUGAUGAGCAAAGUUCCAAAGUGUUACCGGGUCGAUCGCAUUAGUCUGCUCAUCAAAGGGUGGCAGCCCGCUUACGAGGACGGCGGCCCAAAGGUGGACAAGCGCGAGUAUCCAGUCAUGUUCUUCGAUGGCCACCAGAGGCAUUCCCUGGGUUGGCUCACUGCGCAGAAGCUUCGUGAGGUUGACCUGGAUCACCCUCCAGAGAGCGUGGACAAGAGAGGCCUGUCAACCGCUCGCGAAUGGUACUCACAGCACAUGAUGCACCGCAAGAAUUGGGAAGACUUCAAGAGACUAGGGCCCGGCGAGCCCACCUCAGCAAGGUCCUCAGAAGAUGUCGCAGCUCAGUGGCCAUCUCUACGCUCCGCCAAUACCGACAACCAGAGCCCGAUCCAGGAUAAGCCUGGCCUCUUCGGUUUCGGCAGUGGCAGCGAGAGUGACGACGAGGACCCUAUGACCAUGGAUAUCGGCCCUGUCCCUGAACCUGACGACUCUAACUAUGUCGGAGAGUCGGGGUCCGAUAAUUCUGAUGAGGAAGCAGAGGUUGCUGGUCAGGAGGACGACAGUGAUAAGGAGCAUGUCGUCCGCCCUGGCCGUAGGAGGUCUGGCCUUCUCGAGACCAAGUCCAAAUCCUCAUCCCGACCAAGCAGCAGACGUGGUCCUGUCAGCGAGAUGAGCGUGGACGAGGUCGCAGCUGAUAAGGACACGCCUGCGACAGAAAAGUCCGAUAUUGAGUCAGAACUCGUCCUCUCCCAACAAGCCGGUGUUACCAGGAAGCGAUCUGGCGAGUCCGAACCCAUGCCUGUCGGUAUGGAGGCAGGAGACCAGCGCGAUCUCUUGUCAGUAUUGUCUGAGCAAGAGCAUCUGCGGAAGAGCGUCCAGGCCAAGGCAGCGGCAGCUGUCAGGGAGGCGGCCACUCGCAGCAGGGCAUCGUCGGAGGUGCCGGAGAGCGCUACGAAGGCCCCUGCGCUGGCAUCGCGCCAGAGCAGCUUUGAGCAACCUGCACGACGGCCAUACUCGCCACGCCCGCCGCAUGCAGAACACCAUCGCUCGAGAUCUGAUGAGAUCCCCCGUAGCGACACGGAAGCCCCUCGCAAGCCAUCGGACCUGCAAAAUAUCCUGAACGCGGAUCAGAGCUCAAGAGAAGCGGCGGCCAGUGACAGCUUAAUGGACCCGUACAAGCAGUACGAGGCCAUCAAGGCGCAGAUGGCGCGAGACGGUCCCGAGAAGCGGUCCACCUCGGCGCCGGUGCAUGGAGGUCAUACUUUGACGUCGUCGUUCCGAUCACCCUCGGUGCAGUCCACCCCACACGUUCCGAGUCAUGCCGCCCAGGGCUCGCCGUCCCUCUCGCACAUUCUGUCGCCCCCGAGCCAGUCCACGACGGUGGUGCCUAGGAGCUCAUCCACGACGCCGGUACAGCGCCUGGACUCAGAGCGUACCUCGCCCAAGAUCGUGAUACCCGGUGCCAGCAUCUCGAAUAAAUGGGAGGCGAGCCGCAAUGCGUCCGUUGCGCCGCCGCAGCAGUCACAAACCCCUCGUGCGUCAUCCGUCGGCUUGUCUUCGCUGGACCCCGGUCAGACUAUUCAUGACGACGACGACGACGACGACGACGACGCCGCCGCCGCCGCAGCAGCAGCAGCAGCAGCAGUGCCCAAGGAGACGACGACACCUGUGCGGUCCGAGAGAGCCAGAGAGGUGUCGACACCCACGCCUCAGCUGGGGACCCCGAUCCCGGAGAAGGUGGAGAGAUUCCACCUAGCUCACUUGCGUGAUCCCGCCCGUGGUGUGCUGUGGUCUCGUGAUGGCUCGACGGGUCCCUGUCUACGGCUGAACGCAGAUCUCAUGCGCGGGUGGGCAGAGACGCCGGCCGGCUCACCUGUGGCAGCUACGGUAGAGCCAGCGAAGGUGUGGCGGAUCGAGUUGGCCGCCCAAAGUGACGACCAGGGGACUCAGCAGGUGCGGCUGAUACUCAAGGGCGGCAACGAGCAGACGCUCGUGUUUGCAGCCAACCCCAAAGACGGACGCUCCCGAACAGCGGCACUGGAGGGGCGACGAUUUGUAUCGUGGGUAAAGCAGGUCAAUAGAGGGGUAGAAUGUCUCGAUGAUGGUUACUCUCCGACCUCAGUUGAUGGGCGUCGGCUGGCUACGGCUGCGUAG